UAAUAAUAUGUUUAGUUCCAUUUUCUCUUCAAACUUUAUAUACAUUUCAGAAAUUAGCUUAGAUAUUAGUAAUCAAUCAAUCAAUCAAUCAUAAACAUAAGAAUUGAAUAAGUUCAACGUACACCUUAUGUAAUUUAUUUAUAUUUUAAAAGUAAGUUUAGCUAUUGUUAUCUUUACAUAAUUUUAAACCUAUUAAGAUUAUUGUACCACCUUCAACUAAAUUAUAUUUGAUUCUUAUAUCAUACCAAAUUCAAUGAUGUCUAAUUCCAAAACUAAAUAUGACGAUCUGAUCUUAAGGCAAAGGCAAAGCCAAAGAUUUUUCUUCUGAAGAAUAAGACUGUUUCUGUUAGUGUAUAUACAUACAUGUAGGCUGGUUCGUUAAAAAAGGAGGGGAAGUUUGUUAGGCUCUAAUUCCAAAAGAAUAGAAUAGAACAGAAUAGAACAUAAUACAACAGAUUUCCCCAUCAUUUGCUUUGGGCGCAAUCCCAUCUCUCCUUCCCCUUCUCUUUCUCUCUGUUCCCUAAAACUAAGAAAAACACAAAACAAAUGGCUUAUAGGAGAAGGCACGGAAUAAGCAGAUCGUCGACUUUCAAGGAAGAGAUUCACCACCCACCACCAGAUGACAAUCACAAUCAAACCAAAACCUUUACCUCCUCCAAUUCUUUCUCUUCAUCGUCAUCACCACCCAUUUCUCUCGCCGCUCAGGCCAUCCCUGCUUCCUCCGCUGUUCGCAAAACCGACUCCCUUGUUUUUACUGCUGAUUCUGAUUUCGACCCUUCAAGAUCUAAGGGCUUCAAUGCCUAUGAAGAUUCAAGAAAUGAUUCGAAAGGGUUCUGGGGUGUUCUUGCUAGAAAAGCUAAGGCCAUUCUCGAUGACAACACUAUCUCUGAGCAGUUUGAAACGCCUGCCAGAGUGGGAUCAUCGCAUAUGUUGGAUGCCUCAACAGCUUCCCAGAACCAAGACCAACAGCCAACUGAGGGUUUUAGAAGAAUGGACAAUCCUACAAUACGAAGGGGCUUGGAUAAGCUCACCUCUUCCCUCAAUCAAAUUGGUGACACAUUUGAAAAGGCUUUUGAAGAAGGUCGAACAAUAGUGGAAAGUAAAACCCAAGAUAUUAUUCAGGAAACGCGCAAGCUUCAAAUCAGGCGGAAAGGAAGCAGUCCCGUGGCAGAAAAUCAGGUCAAUAGUUUCAAUAGCACAUUGCAGCAACCUCUGGUGCAACCAACACAGCUACAGAAUCAAACCAAUCAUGAAACCCAACUCAAGGCAUCUCGCGACGUCGCAAUGGCCACAGCUGCUAAAGCAAAACUUCUUCUUCGGGAGCUGAAAACUGUUAAAGCAGAUUUGGCUUUUGAGAAGGAACGAUGUGCUCAACUAGAGGAGGAGAAUAAACUCCUUCGGGAGAGUCGAGUGAAAGGGGGUAAUCCUGCAGAUGAUGAUUUGAUUCGGCUUCAACUGGAGACUCUUUUGGCAGAAAAGGCCCGUUUGGCGCGCGAGAAUUCGAUAUACGCUCGAGAGAAUCGGUUUUUAAGGGAAAUAGUUGAGUAUCACCAAUUGACCAUGCAAGAUGUUGUGUACUUAGACGAGGGCGCUGAAGAAGUUACAGAAGUUUAUCCCAUCAACUUCCCCUCUUCAAAAAUGCUUUCUGAUUACCCACCCUCACCAAAGUCUCCUUCCGAGGUAGAGAUUGAGGUCGAGGACACCCUUUCUACAAGCUCGACACCGACAAAGGAAACCUUACCACUAGAGGAAGCAAAGGAUGCCUCCAACUCCAAAUCUCAUGUCUCACUCCCACCUACUCCAGCUACUUCCCCACCUGAUGUAGACGAUGCAAGAAGACCUCCACUAUCUUCUUACCAUAUUUAGUAUUACCAAUAUACUAUUUUGCAUGUUAAAAGACUUUUGUAACAUGGGAUUGGGUUUUUUCCUUUCCUCUUUUUUUUUUUUUUUUGUAUUUUUUUGGGAAGGGUUCCUUUUUUGUUUUCAUUUAUUUAUUUAUUUAUUUUUGGUGCGUGUAAUUGUGCAUUCCCGUUUUUUUGUCCAUGAUUAAAUAAGAAUAUCAAAAUUCUUUACCUUUUUUUUCCAAUGCAAGUUGUAGUUUUCCACCUAUAAAUUCUCUAAUCAUGGACAAGCCUUUACUUGCUUUAAAAUUUUGCUAGGUAAUUUGAACACAAAUUCUGCUAUUUAGGUCAAAAUUUUUAGUUCAAAGGACGUGUAGCUAAUCAUAAUAACAAUGGCCAUUUAGUUAUUAACUUCAAUGGGCAUUAAGGUUCUGGUCAUGAUUGUGGAGUGUUUGUUUCUUUACUUAUGGUCAUGAUUGUGAGAACCGUCCAAAACGAAGAAUUACAGUCACCGUGCGCUAAAAAGGCAUUGCAAUACAGAUCGUUUUUAGCUAAAAAGCAUGAAUAUGAACUCUACUGGAGUUUUCAAACUUAAUAAGUCAAUUACCCAUGUACAUUUAAAUUCGAAUUAUCAAUUUUAUAAUAUUUAAAUUUAAAACAUUCAAAAAUC